GGCGGAUCAGAGUUUGGUGCGAAAACUAACUUUUUGAGUUUAUUUAUUCGGAAUUGUCAAGGGUCAUGGAUUAAGCUUGUUGGUUGGUAUUAUCAAUCGUUCUAUAAAAGUUUACUGUUGAUCGAUACUUAUAUAAAGUCAGCAGUGCAAAAUGUUACUGUCUCGAAAGAAGGACUCGUCCAAACCACUAACUUCAGAGGGGAUCGCUGGCAAAUACACCAAGAGAGAAUCGUCACCAAUUCUUCAAAGUUUUAUGUCUCCAGUGGUCCGUCAUGGCCCAUCGAACGCUCGCCGGCAUGCCCCGCCAAGUUCUAACCAACACUCACAGGAAAUAUCAAAUACCAAUGCAGGAAGGUACAGUCGUUCUCCCCAUGCUUCUGCGCAGAGUCUAGCCCCAAAAGCAGAGGAAGCGGCUAUCCCAGCAUACAAUAGUAGGUUCCAACCCACCUCGUCGGCGGCAGCGCCAGUGUCGCGUGGAGCAUAUGUGCAAGAUGUCCCUCCUGUUGGCCCAAUGGGUAACUUGACCCACCCACUUCCACCUGGCUGGACCAUAGACCAGACAAUGAAGGGAAGAAUAUACUUCAUAGAUCAUAACACCCAGACAACUCAUUGGAGUCACCCUAUGGAGAAAGAAGGUUUACCCCCGGGCUGGGAGAAAGUGGAAUCACCCGAACAGGGUGUUUACUACAUCAAUCAUAUUUCAAAGAUGGCACAGUACGAACAUCCAAAUGCAAGAAACGGAGCGCGCUUUGAGCAGCCACCACCCCUAACCAAGCAGCUACCAAUCUCUUACCCCCAUAGGGGUGCAGACGGCCCCCCUCACACGCCCAGCAAUGAACACCAAGGGGGUACGCAUGUAUGGGUUCCUCCGAACCCCUACCUAUACACAGAAAUCCCCAAGUGGCUCGACGUGUACUACAAGGCCUCCCCGGAGCACGAUCACAAACUGAAAUGGGAUUUAUUCCGGCUGCAGGAGCUGGACGCAUUCCAAGCGAUGCUGUCCAGACUCUACAAGAAGGAUCUUGAAGACGUGGUGAUGGACUACGAGGCAUACCGGCAAGCAUUACUCAGAGAGAUGGAGAGACGGUUAAUGUACUCCAAUCAGAUGCAACAGCAGGCUCUGCAACAGCAACAGCAGAAUCAAGAAACAAAGGUUUUUCUCGUGUCCCGAUCCAACGCUGAGCAAUCUUGAGGAUUCCUUGGUUGCUCACUAUAAUGACUGAAAAAGCUCUCCUUGGAUACCCAACUUUGAGGAGGAAAACACUACCAGGGAUUUCUAGUUUUUCUAUUAAGUGUAUGUUUGAGUGCUCAUUGUUUUCUUCAAACUCGUCUUCCUGUUGCAAAUCUAAUAAAUAACUACAUUUUUCUAAUAUUUAUGCAUGAUUAAUCAUCUGUAAUCGUUUUUCAAAGCUUUUGUCAUUGUUUUUGGCCUUAAAGAAACACGUUGCCUUGGAUCGGUCGAGUUGGUCCUUGGAAAGCGUUC